AUGAAGGCAGAUCUAGAAGUGACUUCUGCGAAGUUAUCACACUUGAAUGCAGUACCAUCAUCAAGCAGAAGUAGUCCUAGUCCGAGUUUACUAGCGAACGAACUGAACUCAGAACAGGAUCGUCGUGAUGAUCCUGGACUUUCUGCGAGCAACUUUGAGAAAAUGAUUGUGGAUUCAGAAGCCCAUUUUCAACGGAGAGGCUUUGAUAUGAGACGAUAUGCAAAUGCACUGAUGAUUGAUCAACGAAUCUAUCAGUUCGCAGCUGGUAAAAGACCGAGUUAUCGCAUUGUGUCUUCGCUAAAUUCCUCAUUUUUAAAGCCAACGGCAGAGCAGACAAUACUGUCACCUAGAGUUGUUGUAGAGACAUCUACAAAGGGAGCAGAUACUUCAAAAGAGUCACCUCUGACGAUAUGGUCUAAACUUUCCAACCUCAUGUCCAACAAUCUACCAGCUUGCGCAAAUCCCUCCAAUAUGGAUAGCAUAUCAUUUUUGCUGAGUGCCUAUCAGCAGUUGCACCUUUCGGCCGAUUUAUUCUGGUUCAAAUCACAGCUUGCAUCAUAUUAUCCAAUGAAGCUAUGGAAUUGCAAGGUGAAAUUCCCUUCGCAUUUCUCGAAUGAGCUGAAAGAUUUGUUGAAGAAUUUACUUCAAGUAGAUUUGACGAAGCGAUACGGUAACCUUAAAAACGGUGUUGCUGAUAUUAAGAAUCAUAAAUGGUUCGGCUCGACCGAUUGGAUCGCCAUCUAUCAGAGAAAGGUAACGCCAGCAAGUUUCUCGAAUAAAGAAAAUCAAUCCGGACGACUUUUCGAGGCUUUAUAUCCACGAGUGAAUGGACCUGAGGAUACAAGGCAUUUCGUCGAGGAUAUCAAAGAGGAGGGUGAUCUAAAAUUGUUUGUAAAUUUUGAAAUUCAGAUCGAAGCUCCAUUCCUUCCGAAGUGUCGUGGGCCCGGCGAUGCGUCGAAUUUCGAUGAUUACGAGGAGGAACCGUUACGAAUCUCCGGUACAGAAAAAUGUGCGAAGGAAUUUGCCGAGUUCUAA